AUAUUUUCCUUCCAGAAACACUCAUGAAGCAUGAAAAAAAUCUCAAAACAAAAAGUAUGAAAAAGAAGAGGCUGGACCAGCAAGAGAGUAUAAAUGAAGGUUUGGUUAGCUGUCUUCCUCAAGGAACACACACUCGGGCUUAACUACAGAUUCUCAGAGUGCAGUGAACAGCUAAGCAUUCCAAAAUGCUACAUUAUUUUGUGGUAUUCUCUUGCCUUUGUGCCAUGAGCAUGACUAUGCCUGUACCUGAAUAUUACUCGUACUCCCCUGCUGCGGGGGAAGGCAGUGGAACUGAAUUUUCCACUGCGCGUGAGGGUCGCAUCACUGGAGUCAGAGUUUAUGAAUAUCCCUACUAUGGAUACUACUACAACAACUACAUAAAUGGGCUCCAGUUGCAAUAUAACGGUAACUGGACAACACUGGUUGGCACGAACAGUUAUGGCAAUCAAAGGGAGAUGACACUCUUCGACAACGAAUAUUUUGUUCAAGUCUCUGGAAAGUAUUACUCUGGCUUCAUCUCUGAGCUUAUGUUUGUCACUAAUGAGGGGCGCUCUUUCAAAGUGGGGCAGCCAACUGGACUUUCAUUUAACUUCUACCCAACCCAUGAUGGAAGUGAACUACGUUUCCUCAGCGGUCGACAGAAUGGAUUUGCCCUGACCUCCAUUGGGGCUCACUGGGCUGUGUUUAACAACAAUUCGACUGCAUCAUAAAGACAGAAAUGUCUCUCUGGCUAAGAAUUUUGUGUUUAUUUAGGGAAAAUGCAAGUUAAUAAGUAACCUAAUAUUUUAGUAAUAUACCUAGUAAUAUUUUUUUCUGAGCUCUUGAUGAUUAAAUUUUGGAUUUUUCUGAGUUGUCAACAUUAUUUGAAAUCAUUUCUGGUUAAUAUUUCAGUCUUAAAAAUAAUUUACAAAUUAAAUAAUUCAAGACUGGCUAAUCAAAUGUUAUUCCUAAUCAUGCUUUAAGGGCUUCUCCUUUAACACAAUAAUUCCUAAAUGCUUUCAAUGAUUAUUAAACUAUUAGGCUUGAUUUUACUAUUAAAGGUGAUUUUUUUUUUGUAUUAAAAUUUAUCAAAACAAAUGUUAUACUUUGUUUCAUUAUAUGAGGAUCACAAUAAAACUAACUUAAAAUAUU